AUGAUACUGGUUUGCUGCAAAAAGCAUAUGACAGCUCGAGGUUUACGAGUUUUACGUCAAAAAACAGGUAUAGACGAGUUCAAUUUAGCAGUUCUUUUUACUGGUUUAGCAACUGUAUACUUAUUAGCUGGUGAAGAAGCUCAAACACUUGCAAAUUCUAUUCUUACAAUAACACCAAUUUUACUUACGUACGUUUAUCCAAAAACUCUCAUUUCAGCAUCAGAUGCUAAUCCAAUGUUACACAAUUCUCACUUCAGAAUUGAUGAUCUAACAGUUGGUAACAUUGACAGUUUAUCUACCAAUUAUAAUCCACAUGAUCUAGCAUUUGAACCAACGAAAAAUUUAGUUUUCAAUGGCCCAUUCGACUACGAGAAUCUUACGUAUUUUAUACGUAUUCGUAAUACAUCAACUAAGCAUAUCGCCUUUGCGAUUAAAAGUAACGCUAUACCACGUGUUUUGGCAGCACCUCCUUGCGGCAUUUUACCACCAAAACACAAACGUGAUAUCGCCAUUGAUAGCUUUGAUCCGAGCGUAGUAGAAAAUGAUCGACUAGCAUUUGAAUAUGUAUUUUGUCCACCCGAAACAGAGAAAUUUAAAUUCAAACUGCUGCAGGUAACGAAUUUAAUAUUAUAA